CACCCUCGUUCGCAGAGAACGUCAACAUUUGAGCCAUCAACCGGAAUUUCGUGCAUGGUGUGGCGAUUUGCGUAAAUUUACGAAUUGUUUUGUGGAAAUAUCUACUUUUACGGAAUAGUAUUCGCAUAAACGAUUUUGCACUAACUACUAAAAGCAAAGAUGCCUCCGAAAAAAGCCCCCGCAGGAGCCAGCAAAAAGGCGGAGGCCAAAAAGAAGGAAAAAAUCAUUGAGGAUAAAACCUUCGGUCUGAAGAACAAAAAAGGUGCUAAGCAGCAGAAGUUUAUUUCGCAAGUCGAGAAACAGGUCAAAAGUGGGGGCCAGUUCAAUUUGAACCAAAAUCCCAAUGCCAAGAAGGAAGAAAAGGAGAAAAAGCUGAAGGAGCAGAUGGAAUUGGCUUCGCUCUUCAAGCCCGUUCCGACCCAGAAGGUGGACAAGGGUGUAGAUCCGAAAUCGAUCCUUUGCGCGUUCUUCAAGCAGGGCACCUGUACCAAGGGCGAUAAAUGUAAAUUUUCCCACGACUUGUCAAUCGAGCGGAAGGCCGAAAAGCGAUCGAUCCAUGUGGACAUUCGCGAUUCCGAGAAGGGUGAGGACACGAUCGACAACUGGACUGAGGAGCAGCUGGCCGAGAUUGUGGCCAAGAAACACGGCAAGGAGAAAACGAUGCCCACCACCACGAUCAUUUGCAACUACUUCCUGGAUGCCGUUGAACGUUCGCUAUACGGUUGGUUCUGGGAGUGUCCCAACGGGGAGAAAUGCAUCUACCGUCACGCCCUGCCACCGGGUUAUGUGCUCAAAAAAGACAAGAAGAAGUUGGAAGCUCAAAAGGAGGAGAUUUCGCUGGUCGAUCUGAUCGAACGAGAACGUGCCGCUCUCGGAUCGAACCAAACCCGUGUCACCCUGGAAACUUUCCUGGCCUGGAAAAAACGUAAGAUCGAGGAAAAGAAAAAACGCGAACAGGAAGAGGAAGAUCGUAAACGGAAGGACUUUAAGGCUGGCCGGCAGAACGGACUGUCCGGUAGGGAAAUGUUUAGCUUCAAUCCGGAUAUGGUGGACACCGGUAUGGACGAUGGCGAGGAAGCAAUCGAUAGCUAUGGUCGCAACGAGGACGAAGACGAUACUAUCGAAUAUAAAGAGCUCAAUUUUGAUAUGCUAUCGCUAUCAAUUAAGGAGGUCGAUGAUACGGGAACCGUUGCCGAGGCGGAUCGUUGGGAGAAAAUGUACAAUGCUCUACCUAAAGCGGCACCCAACGGGGUGGAAACGGAGGAAGCUACCGCUGGAACCUCAGAUGCGGCACCUAUCAAUGAGAACCUGUUCUUGGACGAAGACCUGGAAGGAAUCGAUGAUGAACUGAGUGACGAUGAUGAUGAUGACGAUGACGAUGAUGGAGAGGAAAAAAGUGAAAAAUCGUGAUACGGUGAACUGAGCUAGGGACACUCUUCUAUUGGUCAAAAUGUUGUCAUUUAUCGAACCAGCAAAUAAAAGAGCACUGUUGAACAUAGCUUCUCCGUUUUGGUCGCAACAACUGUAAGCUGUUUUCAGAUCAUUGUUUAAAUUGUCACAAUUAAAUGCAUAACUAAUCGAAGAA